AUGUCAGUUGACGGACAAUCACCACGCAGGGGCUCUAUACCAUCAGCAAAUACCCCAAUCCUUCCGCCAUUAUCAGCAUUUGCGCAAAAGCGCGCUCUAGAAGAUGAUCAUCAACCUGCUGUAUCGUCACCCCUCAAUCCAGAAUUCAAGAUUCAAAAGACUGGGGAGGAAACGCCCGGUGGCAUUCGCGAACGAGCUUCGAGGGCUAAAAAAGAAUCGUUGAAGAAAAGGGAAUCGAAAGCUGGAUCACUUGCGCCAGAAGGGAGUGCGAGAGCUACACCCGAUCCAAAAUCAAGCUCUUCCAAUAAAAAGAAAGCCGCAAUCAACUGCAUUACUCCUUUACGAUACAAGAUCCCCCCACCGAAACUACCGGAUUUUGAAGCUCCUCGCGGACCGACUCUCCUUCCUUCCCAUACCAAGACCGCGCCAGAUGGUACUGAGAUUCAAUUCCACGAGACUACCGACCAUGUAUAUAACAAAAAGAACUUUCGAUAUACUCGCGGUAUAGCAGAUCCUACUUUCCCUUCCAUUCUUUACUACCGACAAACAGAAACGGAACCUUUUGGUGCUCGAUUAAGUUUUGAAGAUUCGGCUCCUCAUAUGAUGAUGGAUGAAACGGCGACACACAUUACAACCGAUAAGGGGUUUAGAAUGGCAAAGGCUAAUGUAGGCAUAAGGGAGGGCCGUUGGUUUUGGGAAUGCAAGAUUACAAGUGGUGUACCAAAACCUAAAGCAGGAGAACCAGCGCAAGAGUCGCAUGGUCACGUUCGUAUGGGAUUCGCAAGGAGGGAAGCAGCUCAAGAUGCACCAGUAGGGUUUGAUGCCUAUAGUUAUGGUAUCCGGGAUGUGGCUGGACAAAAAGUGUGGAUGUCUCGACCCAAGGACUUUUUUCCGGCAGGAGAAUCGAUACACGAAGGGGAUGUUAUUGGGCUAGAAAUUAACUUACCAUCUGAAAAGUUGCAUCGAAAAGUCGUCGAAGGAAAUUACAACCCAGCGGUUGAUCUCACGGACGAGGACGACGGUGGAAUGGAACGAGCAGAUAUGAUACGAGAUCGAGUACCUAUCCGCUUUAAAACUCACCUCUACUUUGAACAAAUUGAAUACUCCACUUGCAAAGAACUAGAAGAGCUCAUGAACCCAUCGCCAGUCAUAUCAUCAACCGGAGGUGUCUCAUCUGCAAGCCAAAAUCCUGGUCCAACUCACCCUGUGCCCGCUCUCCGCACUCUGCCGCACUCGUCUAUUAAGGUCUACAAAAAUGGAAAGUUAGUUGGGACGCCGUUUACGGACCUUUUAUCUUUCCUCCCACCCGCCUCGAAACCACAACCUCAAGUUGGUGCUAGGGAAGGCCUAGAUGAUGGUAUGCUUGGUUAUUUUCCCGCCGUAUCGGUCUUCCGCGGUGGCGCAGCGGAAGUCAACUUCGGUCCUCAGUGGUGGUAUCCCCCACCAGGUUCAAGUACAGAAGAAAGUGAUGUGGAUAUGAUAGGUGAUAAUGACUCCUCUCUCCCCAGUAUUAGAGCAGCGAGCGAGCGAUAUGAUGAACAAAUUGUAGAGGAUAUUCUUUAUGAUAUUGUCGAUGAAGUUGAUUUCUGGAUCAGAGAUGGAGGGGAUAGUGGGAAGGGUAAAAAGAGGGAUUUACAGUUUGCUAAUGGAGGGGCUGCAAACGGUGGGGGAUUGGGAGGUGGUGAAGCGGGUGGGGAGAUUAAGGAGUUGGUGCAGGAUGAUGAGUAA